GAGACCAGGGGAGCUUCAGGGUACUGAACAUCAAGGCAUCCAAGGAAGGACAGACCCCAGAUCUUCUCUCCAUCUCCACCUGCCAUGAAGCUGUUUCUAGUUGCCCUCCCCUUUCUCCUUCUCGUUCUGGCUGCUGCUAGCCCACGUGAAUACGCUGAGGAGUUCAAGAUCCAUGAUAAGUCUGUUCCAAGUGGUGGUCUUGUUAGGAUGGAUCCCUCACCUCUCUGCUGUACAGAUUAUUCCAAGAAGAUAUUCCCAAGGGAUAAGGUGAAGGAUUAUUUCUACACCAGCAGCGACUGUCGUCUGCGUUCUGUAGUGUUUGUAUUCAAGAAUGGAAAAUCAGGCUGUGCUAAUCCAAAUGCCCAGUGGGCCAAGGAUCUUAUAGAAUACAUUGACAGCAUUAAGAAUUCCACCAGCUCGAACUCCACAACUGUGCCUACCCCAAGCGCAUAGCCCACAUUAGUAAAAUGCACUUGGAACCACAGCAACUGCCUCGCCUCUUCGCUGA